AUGUCUUGUACGGUUUGGGCAGCGGAACGUCCAGCUUGCGGCUGCGGUUCGGGCCAAAGAUGUCUGCUUUCUGAUGUUGUGAGCGGUGGGACAGCAUCGAUCUGGUCGUCGUGCUUGGUGGAAGCUUACCUUCGUCGCCGGCUCGUCGGGCGUCGGCAUAAAGACGGCCUUGCCGUCGUCGCCAAAGUAGGCCAGGUCCUUGUCGAAGGCGACCUGGUUCUUGGCCGCGAACGUGAUCCAGUUCUCGCUGAACGGCGCGCGCGCCACCUCGAGGCACCGGAAAUGCCAAAUCUUCCACGCGCCGUCCUGCUUAAGAAAGUCCAGCGCGUACUGGCACCACACCCAGUGCGCCCACACGCGCUUGCCGUCCACGUUCUUGUCCUGCGGCUCGUACAGAUCCUCGGGCAUCGCGCCGACGUUGCCCGGGUCCGACAAGCCCGACUCGACGCCCGCCAUGAGCCAGAAGCCCUUGGCCGUCUCGCCGUCCUCGGCCACCUCGAUGAGGGGCGUCGUCGUCUCGUGCAGAAUCAGCUUGCCUUUGGGCGAGGGCCGCCCCGUGUGGUACUUCAUGACGCUGUCGUAGUCUGUGUACACGCCGACGUUGGUGUACUGCGCGUGGAUGCCCGGCGUGCCGCGGGCGACCCAAAGCGGCUUGAUCUGCUCGUCCUCGAAGACGUUGUGCAGGUGCAUGUACUGGCUAAAGACGUUUUCCACGGCGCCGCGGUCGUGGGCCUGGGCGUGUUAGGUUGUAUACUCCAGAUAGUCUCGUGA